GGGGAUCGGAGGUGGAAGGGCCGCUGGUAGAUGAUGCCUCAGACUGGAAAACUGCUGAAGGAGUCAGACAAGGAGGAGGGACAUCAGAAAGCAAUUAGUUCACUGUCAAAGUCCUCAGAUUGGUCUCAUUUCCUUACAGGCUCCUUGGAUAAAUCUGCUAAGCUAUGGGAUGCAAGGACACUAACCCUGAUAAAGACAUACGUCACAGAGCGACCGGUUAAUGCUCUCGACAUAUCUCCAAUCCUUGAUCAUGUGGUUAUUGGAGGUGGUCAAGAUGCUAUGAAUGUGACUAUGACAGACCGCCGCGCGGGCAAAUUUGAGGCUAAAUUUUUCCACAAGAUUUUACAAGAAGAAAUUGGUGGUGUUAAAGGACAUUUUGGACCAAUCAACGCAUUGGCAUUUAAUCCUGAUGGGCGGAGCUUUUCGAGCGGUGGUGAGGAUGGUUAUGUAAGGCUGCACCAUUUUGACCCUGAGUACUUCAACAUCAAGAUGUAAUCCUGUGAAUUUGUCAGAGGCUGCAGUCGAGGGACUCUCUAUCCCCUGGAGAGAACAAUAGCAGUUUUCGGCUUUUCGG